CCGAGUUUCCCCGAUGUUACGUCAUUCACAUUCACAGAGCUGACUGCCUAAGUCUUUCCCCCAUUUCUACCUCUUCCAUUUCCCUCCCUUUUCCCCCCUCAAAUUCCUCUCGCUGAUUCACUCUCCUCCCAUGGCGGACCGUGGAUCUUACGGCUUGGCUCCUCGUCUAGAUAUUGACCAGUUAUUGAUAGAAGCAAAACAUCGUUGGUUACGUCCAGCUGAAAUUUGUGAAAUACUCCGUAACUAUCCUAAGUUUCAAAUUGCUUCAGAGCCUCCAGAUAGACCUUCAAGUGGGUCACUUUUUCUCUUUGAUCGAAAGGUUCUGAGGUACUUUAGAAAGGAUGGACAUAAAUGGAGGAAGAAGAAAGAUGGCAAAACAGUAAGAGAAGCACAUGAGAAGCUGAAGGUUGGAAGCAUUGAUGUAUUGCACUGCUAUUAUGCCCAUGGAGAAGAAAAUGAGAACUUUCAAAGGCGCAGUUAUUGGAUGCUUGAAGAGCAUUUAAUGCACAUCGUUUUUGUCCACUACUUGGAAGUUAAGGGUAAUAGAACCAAUAUUGGAGCUGUCGUUGAGACUGAUGAGGUUUCAUCAAGUUCACAGAAGAGCAGCCCUACGAGUGCUAGCUAUUCCAGCAGUUAUAAUCAAGCAGCUUCUGAAAAUGCAGAUUCCCCCAGUCCAACUAGCCCUUUGACACCAUUUUGUGAAGAUGGUGAUACGGAAGACACCGGCCAAGCAACUUCAAGAUUUCGCUCAUUUCCCACGUCACCAAAAAUGGGAAAUGGUCUUCUGAUGAAUAAACAAGAUGCUGGUCAAUCAAAUUUUUAUUUUCCGCAUUCUUCUUCCAACACAUCAGUUCCUGCUGUGGAUUAUGUAUCACAAGUUCAGAAAGAUGUACUUGGGGGUAACAUUUGUGGUACCAAUGUGACGGAUUCUCAGAAGACGCUCAGUUCUGCCUCGUGGGAAGAGAUCUUGCAACAUUGUACAACUGGAUUUCAGACUGUACCUUCUCAUGUUUUAUCCUCUUUGAUUGAACCUGUUUCUUCUGGAAUUGUCGUUGGACAAGAGAAUUCAAUUCCUGGCCAGCCUUCAACCAGUAAUAGUGCUAUUACAGAGGAUUUUGGGAGUUCUCUGACAAUGAACUCAAACUGGCAGGUUUCUUUUGAAGACAAUACUUCGUCCUUUUCAAAAGAGUACGUUGACCAGUUUCCAGAAUUGUAUUCAGUUUAUGACAUAGAUAGCAGGUUAACUGAGCAGAAUUCUCAUAAUGCAACUUUUGGAAGUGGUCGUGAGAUGUCUUGUGCUCAUCCUGGCAUAGAGAAUGAGGAGAUUUUGCCAAACAACCUUGAAUUACAGGUCAAAGAAGGAGAAUCGUAUUCUGCUAUGAGGUUGAGUUCUGAAAAUGAUAAAUCUAAAGAAGGUACCGUUGGCUAUUCUUUGAGUUUGAAACAAUCAUUAAUAGACGGAGAGGAGAGUUUAAAGAAAGUUGACAGCUUCUCGAGGUGGGUAUCCAGAGAGCUUGUCGAAGUUGAUGAUUUGCACAUGCAUCCAUCAUCUGGCUUGUCUUGGAGCACCGUAGAAUGUGGUGAUAUGGUAGAUAAUUCAUCAUUAACCCCUUCUCUUUCUGAAGACCAGCUUUUCAGUAUAACAGAAUUUUCUCCAAAGUGGACACUUGCAGAUUUGGAAACUGAGGUUGUGAUUAUAGGGAAGUUUCUGGGGAACAAUCAUGGCACAAAAUGUUAUUGGUCAUGUAUGUUUGGGGAAGUCGAAGUUCCUGCAGAGGUUUUGGCUGAUGGGAUCCUAUGCUGCCAUGCACCACCACAUAGUGUUGGGCAAGUCCCUUUUUAUGUCACAUGUUCCAACAGAUUAGCAUGCAGUGAGAUUCGUGAGUUUGAUUACUUGGCAGGCUCUGCUCAAGAUGUCGAUGUUACCGAAGUAUAUACUGCUGGUGCUACAGAGGAAUUAUAUUUGCAUAUGCGAUUGGAGAGGUUACUGUCCCAUAGAUCUUCAAAUCCUCCAAAUAAUCUCUCUGAAGGUGCUUUGGCGAAACGGAACUUAAUCAGAGAGCUUAUCUCAAUAAAAGAAGAAGAAGAUUGUUAUGGGGAGGAGCCAAAUUCUCAUAAUGUUCAAAUUCAGCAUCAAAACAAGGAGUUUCUUUUUGUAAAGCUGAUGAAAGAAAAAGUGUACUCAUGGCUUAUCCGCAAAGUCAUUGAAGGUGGCAAAGGUCCUCAUAUAUUGGAUGAUGAGGGACAGGGGUUAAUUCAUUUAGCAGCAGCCCUCGGUUAUGAUUGGGCAAUCCGACCAAUUGUCGCUGCAGGAGUGAGCAUAAACUUCCGAGACGUUAAUGGAUGGACUGCUCUCCAUUGGGCAGCAUUCUGUGGCAGGGAGUUGACAGUUGGAACCCUUAUAACAUUGAAUGCUGCUCCUGGAUUGCCGGCUGAUCCUUCUCCAAAAAAUCCUUUGGGGAUAUCGCCAUCUGAGCUUGCAUCGAUGAGUGGGCACAAAGGGAUUGCUGGUUUCCUUGCAGAGUCAUCAUUGACCAGCUAUAUCGAAUCCAUAUCAAUGGGGGAGACCGUAAAAGAUGGUGUGCUGGAUGUUUCAAAGAGGAAACCUGUGCAUACUAUUUCUGAACGAAGGGCAACACCGAUAAGUGAUGGUUUUAUGCCUGCUGAUUUGUCCUUGAAGGAUUCAUUGACUGCUGUCUGCAAUGCUACUCAAGCUGCUGGGCGUAUACAUCUGAUGUUUAGAAUGCAGUCAUUUCAGAGGAAAAAAUUAUCGGAGUGUAGUCCUGAUGAACUUGGAUCCUCAGAUGAUACUGCUAUUUCAUUUGCCAAAGCCAGGGCACGUAAGUCUGGACUAAGUAACAGCCCGGCCCAUGCCGCUGCAGUUCACAUACAGAAAAAGUUCCGUGGUUGGAGAAUGAGAAAAGAGUUCUUGCUAAUACGUCAAAGAAUAGUGAAAAUUCAGGCCCACGUGAGAGGACACCAGGUGAGGAAGCAAUAUAAAAAGAUCGUCUGGUCCGUAGGCAUAUUAGACAAGAUUAUUUUGAGAUGGAGACGGAAGGGGAGUGGUUUGCGAGGUUUCCGAUCAGAUGCAGCUGCGAAGAAUCCAUCCGCCGUGAUGGAACCACCUAAAGAGGAUGAUUAUGAUUUUCUGGCGAAAGGAAGGAAGCAGACUGAGGAAAGAUUUCAAAAAGCACUGACUAGAGUCAAGUCCAUGGCUCAGUAUCCCGAGGGACGAGACCAAUACCGUAGGCUUCUUACCGUCGUUCAAAAGUGCCAAGAAACCAAGGCAAGUAAUAUGGCUAUUACUAGCACUAGAGAAGAGAUAAUAGAAGGCGAUGACAUGAUUGAUAUCGACUCACUUCUGGACGACGACGCUUUGAUGUCUAUGACAUUUGAUUGAGUAAACAGCUUGUGUUAUCAAUCAACCUACUAUUUCUGGUGCAUACUAACUUCAGCAUUUGCUUGUAAAUUCUACUCUAACUACUAGUGUAUCAAAAAGUUCAUAUCUCUAUAUUGUGAUCACUCAGUGUUGGCUGCCUACCAAAAAUGGUGUAGAUUUCAUAGGUUGGUGAUAGGGCUUACCUGAUUGUUUGUGUCCAUUGAUUAUAUUUGAACCGAAUUAGUAGCGAAUUUGUAUAGGAUGAUAAGAACACUCAUUACUGCCAUAAACUUGUAUGUUUUAGUGUCAUAUUAUGAAGGUAAUUUUGAAGUUUGAUCUGAUCGUA